AUGUCUGCAUUAUUCAAUUUCCAAUCACUUUUGCAAGUUAUACUACUAUUGAUAUGUACAUGUACAUAUAUUCAUCAGGUAACACCAGCUAUAUUAGAUAAUAGAAAACUGGGUAUAUUGAGUGUUUUUUAUAAAUUUGCUAGAAUUGGGGAAAGAUUGAGUCCUUAUGUUGCAAUUGGAUGUUUUAUAAUGGCUUUCAACACUUUGAGUGGAUAG